UUUUUUUCAUUUUUUAUUUAUGCUAUAUCGAAUGGAAUCCAACUAUGGUGAUGGAGGCGCUGGUUCCGAGUUUAACCCACUAUUAAUACAACUGGCACUAUUAUGUACACUUGUCGGUUCUUGUGUCUCUUUCUUUUCUGUUUGGCUACACUGGAAAAACUAUCGAAAACCAAAUCAACAAAGACAAGUCAUUCGUAUUCUUUGGAUGUAAGUGUGUUAUACCCAAA